UUGUGGGUCGCUCUUGUUGGGUUCCGGUUCCGAAACCGUUCGAGACCUCACCCCCUUGAAUCCGGGAGAGAAACUUCCAGCUGGCCUCCUGGGGCUGUGGUUGAGCGAGCUUUUGCUGCGGACUCGGCGGGUGGGUUGCUGGCCGUCAUCGGGCCAGGCUGGAGCGGGGCGUCCUCUGGUGCUCACUGGCCCAGUUCCAGCCAGAAAGAAUCGACACAGGAGAUCUUGCUUGAAGCAUUGAUAAGCUUUUGCAUAGCAAUGAUGGCAUGCACUUGGUCUAUCCAGACCAACAAGGACCAGGAUGAACUUUUGGAAGUAAAAAUAGAGGAAGAGGAGCUGGAGGAGGAGCAUAAAUAUGCCACUAGGCAGGAUCAGAACCUGCAAAAGAACAACACCCACAGCAGGGAGGUCUUCCGACGGUACUUCAGGCAGUUCUGCUACCAGGAAACAUCUGGGCCCCGAGAGGCUUUGAGCCGACUCCGGGAACUUUGCCAUCAGUGGCUGAAGCCAGAGACCCACACCAAAGAGCAGAUUCUGGAACUGCUGGUGCUGGAGCAAUUCCUGACCAUCUUGCCUGAGGAGCUCCAAGCCUGGGUCCAGGAACAGCAUCCAGAGAGUGGGGAAGAGGUGGUGACUGUGCUGGAGGAUUUAGAGAGAGAGUUGGAUGAGCCAGGAUAUCAGGUCUCAGUCCGCACUGAGGAACAGGAAAUGUUCUUACAGGAGAUCAUACCCCUAAGAACAGAACAAGAACCCAGAAUGUGCCUUCUGUCUGUGCAAGCCCAGCCAAAGUGUGAAUCUGCAGAACUUGAAGCCCAGCAGAAGCAAGAUAUUGAGACUGGAAAUGAGUAUAGGAAUUUAACUCUAAAGCAAGAAGUUUCUCAAGAAAUGAAACCAUAUGGGAAUAUAGCUAGCAAAUUUGAAAAUGAAAUGUCUCAACCAGCUAGGUGUGAAAAAACAUAUGAACCUGAAGAAAAAACAGGAGAGUCUUCUGAAUAUUCAAGGGAAGAUAAAGAACCUACAUGUGAUGAACAUGGAAUAAGUUUGACUGAGAACUUAGAUCUUUCUGAACACCAGAGAAUUUGUCCAGGAGAAAAGCCUUAUGUAUGUGAUGUCUGUGGAAGAGCUUUUAGUCAACACUCACGUUUCGUAGAACAUCAGAGGAUCCAUACUGGAGACAGGCCCUACAAAUGCAAAGAAUGUGGAAAAACUUUCCGUGGGAGAACUGUGCUUAUUCGACACAAAAUAAUACACACAGGAGAGAAACCAUAUAAAUGUAAUGAGUGUGGCAAAGCCUUUGGCCAGUGGUCAGCUCUUAAUCAACAUCAGAGACUUCACACAGGAGAGAAACACUACCACUGUAAUGAAUGUGGCAAAGCCUUUAGCCAGAAAGCAGGUCUCUUUCACCAUCUCAAAAUCCACACAAGAGACAAACCUUAUCAUUGUACUCAGUGUAAUAGAAGUUUUAGUCGGCGUUCAAUUCUUACCCAACAUCAAGGAGUUCAUACUGGGGCAAAGCCCUAUGAGUGCAGUGAGUGUGGAAAAGCCUUUGUUUAUAACUCCUCCCUUAUUUCCCAUCAGGAGAUCCACCACAAAGAAAAAUGCUAUCAGUGUAAGGAAUGUGGGAAGUCCUUCAGUCAGAGCGGCCUUAUUCAGCAUCAGAGAAUCCAUAAUGGAGAGAAACCCUACAAAUGUGAUGUAUGUGGAAAAGCCUUUAUUCAGAGGACAAGUCUUAUAGAACAUCAACGAAUUCACACUGGAGAGAGACCCUAUAAAUGUGAUAAGUGUGGGAAGGCUUUCACUCAAAGAUCAGUCCUCAAGGAACAUCAGAGACUGCACACCGGAGAGAGGUCCUAUAAAUGCGAUGGGUGUGGGAAUGCCUUCCAUGGAAUCAUCAGCCUCAUUCAGCAUCAGAGAAUCCACACUGGGGAGAAACCCUACCAAUGUGAUGAAUGUGGCAAAGCCUUCAGGCAGAGGUCAGAUCUUAAUAAACACCAGAGAAUCCAUAACAGAGGUGAUCCCUAUACAUGUAAAGUGCAUGGGGAGUCAUUUACACAGAACCCAGCUCUUAUUCAACAUCAGACUACCCACAAAGCAGAAAAAUCUGGUUCUGUGUGAUAACUACAGGGAAACUAUCUCACAGAAUUCAGGCUAGGGAGAAAUACUAGCUAUGAGGACAAAAUGUUAGUCACUAUAAGCUAUAAGGAAACCUUGGAUAUUUCAUAAAAAAUUCACUGUGUGCUCCUUUUCUCAAAAGAGUUUACAACCUAGUUUCGAAGAUAGGUCCACCUGUUUAGUUAAGGCCAUAGGACAGUAGAAUUGAUGCUCAAAAUAUUAUAGAAUUAAAGUGGCACUUGGAAAGAAGUAAGUGCUAUAAAUUCUGGAGGAGAGAUCACUGUUGCCUGAAGUGGUCAGGAAAGAUUUUAAAGGUAAAGGUUUGAUGGGGAUAUUUGGAAAGCAAAAGGGAGAAAAUAUUUAGAGUAGAAGAAAUUAAUCAGAGUGCAUGUGGUUUGCAAGCAUCAGUGACAAAACAAGCCAACCUAAAGAGAGUUCAUUCAGUUGGGCAGCUGAUGGUAUUGUGUUGGAAACACAACUUGAGGACAGACACUGGGAGGUCAGAAUGCCAGUAAUUUCACUGAGUACUUUGACACUUAAAGAAUUUUUCUCAUUUAAUUUCUAAAAUGUUUCUAUAAAAUGAUUCUCCAUUGUAAAAAUGAGGAUACUCUUGCUUAUGGAGAUGAUGACACAGCUACAGUAUUACACAAAGGAAGAGGCCAGAGGCUUAAGUGCAGGUCAUUACAGUUCAUUAAGUACUGUUCAUUACAGGAGUGAUUCCUCAACAUCAGUGAACAUCAGAAUCACCUGUGGUGCUUGUUGAACAUACCUGAGUCCCACUCGCAGAUACUAUGCUUCAUUAGGUCUGAGAUGGGGAUUGAGAAUCUUCAUUUCUGUAGCUCCACAGUCACUUGAUGUGCUAUAUAAUUUGAGAAACAUUGCAUUGAAUCACAGUUGCUGGUGAAGUGAGGAAGCAUGAAUACAGGCCCCUGCAGAUUUUUAGCAUGAGGAAAGCCUUUCAGGGGACAUGUGCCAGCAGCUCUUUACAAUGAACAGGGAAUUAGACUACUGUCGUGCCUAAAAAUUAGGGCUUCACGAUGGCCAUUCUAGCCCUUCAAAUUUGAAUGUUUCAAAACAGACCCACCUACAUUCCAAGGCUCCCGGGGAUCUUCUGAGUGCAUGGUGUGUGUGUGUGUGAGUGCAUUGUGUGUGUGUGUGUGUGUGUGUGUGUGUGUGGAGGGCUGCUGGUGUUCUCUGUUUUAUACUUCUCUUUUUUCCCACCUCUGUGUUCUGAGUUCUUUUACAGUUUUUUGGCUUGUAUACCUUCUUGAGCAUAUAAAAAAGACAAGGGUUA